ACCCAUUUGGGCGUAAUUCAUACUGGAUACUAAACAGUGAACUGUUUGGUGCGAGCUGUUGGACACGUAGGACAUCGACAUUUUGUCUCAAACAAGAUUAAGGUUUGUGUAAGUGUGGUGAAGAGGUGAUCGGAAUUGAAAAGCGAUGGAUGAUGCCAAGAAAGAUGUCACCUCGACCCCGGAGAGCGGUGGUAGUCAGAAGGUCGUCCUCAAACGAUCACUAGGGACGGCUAGCUGUAUCAGCUUCAUCAUCGGGAUCGUCAUCGGAACCGGAAUAUUCGUCUCUCCCAAGGGUGUCCUGCUUGGGGUGAACGGUUCCGUUGGUGGGCGAUGAUCCUCUGGACCUUCUGCGGGCUCAUCUCCAUGGUUGGCGCCCUCUGCUACGUCGAGCUCAUCACCUCCUACACCAAGUCAGGCGGCGAGUUCACCUUCAUCCUCGAUGCCUUCGGUCCCGUGCCCGCCUUCCUCCGCAUGUGGACGUUGCUCUUCCUCAUCGGGCCCUCGUCCAACGCCGUCCAGGCCCUCACCGUCGCCAACUAUCUCACCGUGCCCUUCUUCGGGUGCGACGAAGUCUCAGUGCCGCGGAACGCCGUGGUGCUGAUUGCUAUAUGUGUCCUAUUUUUAACCUUCUUCAUCAACUGCAUCAGCGUGAAGUGGACAGCUCGACUUCAAGUCUUCUACACCGUCGCCAAGAUCGUAGGUCUCAUCAUCCUUAUCGUCACCGGUCUCGUCUUCAUCCUCAAGGGUAAUGUAUCGAACCUCCGAAAUACGUUUGAAGGCGCAGAAAUCAGUAUAACAAAGUUCCCUCUCGCCGUCUAUUCGGGUAUCUUUGCAUAUUCGGGCUGGGACUACAUUUCUUCUAUGACAGAAGAAGUAAAGCAACCAGAAAAAACGAUCCCUCGCAGUGUGGUGAUCUCGAUGUCGACCGUCAUCGUCAUCUAUCUCCUCGCAAACAUCGGCUACUUCUCUCUGCUUACUCCUCAGGAAGUACUCUCAUCAGACGCAGUAGCAGCUGACUUUGGUACGAAAGCUUUAGGAGACUGGUCUUGGUUGAUCUGGCUGUUCGUGGCUCUUUCUGCCGCUGGAAACCUUAAUGGAGCAGUCUUUGGUAGGACCAGAACUUUCUUUGUAGCAGCACGAGAGGGCCUCCUACCUGAAUUUCUAUCUAUGAUUCAUAUUAACCACCUUACACCGAUUCCCGCCAUCGCAAUAUCGCUUCCCUUCAGUAUGCUGUUCAUCCUGGUGGGCGAUGCCCUCAUCCUGAUAAAGUAUCUGACAUUCAUUGACUGGUUCUUCUCCGCCUUCACCAUCGCCAUCAUACCAUACUACCGCUGGAAGUACCCGAACAUGAGAAGGCCUUUUAAGAUCCCUCUCCCAUUAACCAUCAUCUUCAUCCUCUUCACGCUGUUCAUCAUGGUGAUGACGUGUUACACGCAGCCCUUCUAUUCUUUCAUGGGUGUGAUCGCUACCCUGGCUGGGGUACCCAUCUAUUACCUCUGUGUCUGGUGGACAAACAAACCACCGUGGUUAAUCAAUGUUAUCCUGAAAGUCAACCUGUUCUUCCAGAAGUUUUUCUUCGCUAUCAGACAAGAGGAGAAGACAUAUUAAAGACAUACUUCCCACACCAGUCCGCAUCAACAAGAGGACUUUUCCAUUAUAUACUGCUACGAGCCAAAACAAUUUAUUGACUUUUAAAGAUGCUCGUAACUAUCUAAUACCGAAGUGAGAUAGUUAUGCACGUGUUUAACUAUAUGAAGAAACACAUUCCAAAAUGUAUAAAGACGUGAUGAAAAUGUUGUUAGUUUAACUUUAAAACACCACUAAAGGCUUGUUCAGAUAAUUAUGGCCGCGGUAAACCGCAGCAAAAAAAAAGCCGCCGCGGUUCACGUGUAAAUUUGAAAGGCAACUGCGCGCAACGAAGGACUUGCGCGUAUUUACUGAGCUCUGUGGUUUAUAGAUACAGAAAUGUGAAGGUAUACUUAACGUCAUUAUAAAAUAACCGCCGCGGUUUUGCCGAGUCAUAUCUGAAUCCACAGAUUCAUCGUGCGUGAAGUGUGAACUUAGAUCGUCACCUCGUACAACUCACCUUAAUUUUCUAUAUAAACGAAACAAAAUAGUAGAGGAAAAAAAUGGGAAAAUAUUGUUUGUUUUUUCCAUUUCACAAAUUUAGGUUAUUUUGUUCAUUCGUUUCGUAACAUAAUUGUAAAGAAUUGAUAUAAAUUGAAAUUUGACGCUCCACUAUUGAACAAACAGACUGUCCGAUUUUAAGAAUAUGUACAGAAAUAUUGUAUUUAGAAUUAAUUUCGUAGAAAUUACUAAAAAUUUAAGAUUAAUGUAAAAAGAUAUUUUCUUAUCAUAUUACAAUUUUAUGUUAUAACAUUUCCUCUUAGCUACCUCAAACUUGUUCAAACGUUUGACCGGCCGACCGACCUAUAUACUGCACGACUUUAAAACUUUGAUUAAAAAGAGAAAAGUAAUUGCUAAAAGCGAGUUGCCUCCUGUUCAUCCAAGCGUGAACACAUACCACACGAAGAAGAUGCUAAAGGAUUCGGGAUAAACACUCUUUCAUGAGAAGUAUAAUAAUUUACUGCGCAUAAAUGAUUUGUAAAAUAA